AUGCCGCCGAUGCGGGGCCUCCUGGCACCGCAAAACGCCUUCCUGGACACCAUCGCCCGCCGCUUCGACGGGACGCACAGUAACUUCGUGCUGGGCAAUGCCCAGGUGCCCAGCGCCUUCCCCGUCGUCUACUGCUCCGACGGCUUCUGCGACCUGACCGGCUUCUCGCGGGCGGAGGUGAUGCAGCGCUGCUGCGCCUGCUCCUUCCUCUACGGCCCCGACACCAGCGAGCUGCUGCGGCAGCAGCUCCGCCGCGCGCUGGACGAGCACCAGGCCUUCAAGGGCGAGCUCAUCCUCUACCGCAAGAGCGGUGUCCCCUUCUGGUGCCUGCUGGACGUGGUGCCCAUCAAGAACGAGAAGGACGAGGUGGCCCUGUUCCUCGUGUCCCACAAGGACAUCACCAGCACCAAGAGCCGCUCAGGCGCCGACAGCACGAAGGACACGGCAGGCGGGCGCCGGCGAUUCAGCCGUGCCGGAGGGAAGGGCUUCAAUGCCAGCCGGCGCCGGAGCCGGGCGGUGCUGUACCACCUCUCGGGGCACCUGCAGAAGCAGAGAAAGAGCAAACACAAGCUCAGAAAGGGCGUCUUUGGGGACAAGCCCUCGCUGCCCGAGUACAAGGUGGCCGCCAUCCGCAAGCCCCCCCUCAUCCUGCUGCACUACGGGGCCUUCAAGGCGGGCUGGGACGGGCUCAUCCUGCUCGCCACCCUCUACGUGGCCGUCACCGUCCCCUACAGCGUCUGCGUGGGCGCUGGCACCGAGGAGGGGCUGCCGCCCGCCCGCGGCCCCCCCAGCGCCUGCGACCUGUGCGUGGAAAUUCUCUUCAUGAUGGACAUCAUCCUCAACUUCCGCACCACCUUCGUCAGCAAAUCGGGGCAGGUGGUGCUGGAGCCCCGCGCCGUCGCCCGUCACUACCUGGCCGGCUGGUUCCCGCUCGACCUCGUGGCCGCGCUGCCCUUCGACCUGCUCGCCGCCUGCCAGGUCAACGUGUACGUGGGGGCUCACCUGCUGAAGACGGUGCGGCUGCUGCGGCUGCUGCGGCUGCUGCCCAACCUGGACCGGUACUCGCAGUACAGCGCCGUGGUGCUGGCGCUGCUCAUGGUGGUCUUCGGCCUCCUGGCCCACUGGGUCGCCUGCGGCUGGUUCUUCCUGGGGCAGCGCGAGGUGGAGGGCAGCCCCGCCGCCCUGCCUGAGAUCGGCUGGCUGCAGGAGCUGGCGCGGCGGCUGGAGACCCCCUACUACCUGGCGAGGAGGAACUGCAGCGCCGGGGGGGCCGGGAACAGCACGGGGCCAGGGGCCAACUGCAGCGGGAGCGGGGAGCCUGGGGGGCCCUCGCUGCGCAGCGCCUACAUCACCUCCCUCUACUUCGCCCUGAGCAGCCUGACCAGCGUGGGCUUCGGCAACGUCUCCGCCAACACCGACACCGAGAAGAUCUUCUCCAUCUGCACCAUGCUGGUCGGGGCGCUGAUGCACGCGGUGGUCUUCGGCAACGUGACGGCCAUCAUCCAGCGGCUGUACGCCCGCCGGUUCCUGUACCACAGCCGCACCCGCGACCUGCACGACUACAUCCGCAUCCACCGCAUCCCCCGGCCCCUCAAGCGCCGCAUCCUCGAGUAUUUCCAGAGCACUUGGGCGGCCAACAACGGCAUCGACACGGCCGAGCUCCUGCAGAGCCUGCCCGAGGAGCUGCGGGCCGACAUCGCCCUGCACCUGCACAAGGAGCUGCUGCAGCUGCCCCUCUUCGGGGGGGCCAGCCGGGGCUGCCUGCGCGCCCUCUCCCUGGGGGUGCGCCCCGCCUUCUGCACCCCCGGCGAGCUCCUCAUCCGCCGGGGCGACGCGCUCCAGGCGCUCUACUUCCUCCGCUCCGGCUCCAUGGAGGUGCUGCGGGACGGCACCGUCCUCGCCAUCCUCGGGAAGGGGGACCUGAUCGGCUGCGACCUGGGGGGGUCCCCGCGGGCCCGGCGUGCCCGGGCGGACGUGCGGGGGCUGACGUACUGCGCCCUGCAGAGCCUGGGGCUGCCGGCGCUGGCCGAGGGCCUGGCCCUCGACCCCGACUUCGCCCGCGCCUUCCGCCGGCAGCUCCCCCGCGAGCUCAGCUACGACCUGGGGGGAGCCCCCGAGCUGCACCCUUGGAGCGGCCCCCCGGACCUGAGUCCCAGGGUGGUCGACGGCACCGAGGGGGAGGGCUGCGCCGCCGACAAGCCCCUCUUCAGCUUCCACCUCGGCCCCUCCCUGGGGCCAGGUAAGGAGACGCUCACCUCUCCCCCCAGCUGGGGACGGGGGGCUGCUGGCCAUCCCCCCGGCCCCCCCGAGCCGAGCUGCGCCGACACCAUCGAGAAGCUGCGGCAGGCGGUGGCCGAGCUGUCGGGGCAAGUGCUGCAGCUGCGGGAGGGGCUGCGGGUGCUGCGAGAGGCCGUGCAGCUCCUGCUGCUGCCGCCCCCCCCGCGCCCCGACGCCCCGGCGAUGGCCGCAGCCCUCCAGCCGCUCCGCGAGCGAGUUUAA